CCCAAUCGCCUAUUCGCUCGCUCCACCACCGCCGCUGCGCUGCCGUCUCACCCCCGCUCGUAUUGCUCCCCGCGAGACCCCCAUCCCAAGCAAUGCAGCCUAGUCCCGGCUUGUCUCAGGCGGCGCCGCUGCCGCCGGCGGUCGCGGCGGGGCUCGUGCGGCUCGAGCGGAGGCUGAGGCAGGUCGCCGAAGAACCGGCGCCCCGCGAGCUCGGGGCGCUCGGGGAAGCACCCGCGGUUCGCGUCCUGCGGAGGAUCGGGAGCUCCCAGCGGGAGGUGCGGACGCUCACCGGCUACAUCAUCACGCUUGCCAGGCAAGAGGCGUUCGCGCUCAACGCGCAGGCCGUACCCACCGCCGAGAGCGCCGCCUGCAGCUCCUCCUCUCCUUGCCUCAGAGCUUACACGGAUGGAAAAAAAGGGAAGAAAAAUAAAGACGAUGAACAAGGUGAAAUCAAGAAAUGCACUUCACCUGAUAGCUACUACUUUGUUUGCACUGACUCGGAGGAUGAGAGUUAUAUUCUGUCCCACAAAACUGUUGAUCAGUGUCGCAAACUGUUCAUGCAUAUCCAUACCGCUCCCACUUUGGGAAAUUAUAUGAAAAGGUUUUCUUUGAUACUAUCCAAAACUGAAACACUGGACGUUGAUUUAUCAACAGUUCAUGUUAUACUGAUUGAUGAUGAACCCUGCCGGGACGAACAUGGGAAAAUUGAUACUACAUAUGGGAAGAUCCACACUGAUGGUACUGGCUUCAUAUCUGAAAAUUUGGCUAAGAAAUGCCCAAACAGAAUUAUCAAGGGAAAGAAGUCAAAAGAUUAUAUGCAUCGAGGUGAAACAAUGCCUCUUCUCAUGCAGGUCCGUCUUUUUUAUAAUGGAUAUGCUGUAAAAGGAACUCUGCUAGUUGACAAAAGGCUUCAAGAUAAUACUAUUGUUGUCCGACCAUCAAUGGUAAAAGUAAAAGUUGAUCCAAAGUUGUCCGAGAUGCAGUCUCUCAGUUCCUUGGAAAUAGUUUCCACAAGGACAUCAACAUCAAGGUCCUUGAUUUCACUGCUUCGCUGUGCUGGUGUUGAGGCGGAAUAUUUUAUGGAACUUCUACAUAAUGCAAUUGAAGGGGUUGCAAAUGCUCGUUAUGAUUUCAGACAUGCACUAAAGCUUGCAUCUAGAUAUGCUAAUAUGGAGGAUUCAAUGUUGGAACUAAUGAUUCAUUCCGGAAUUCCAUUAGAAGAGCCACACUUGCUAUCUAGGCUUAAUUUCAUAGCCAAACAGGAAAUGAAAGGAUUCAGAGAAGGAAAGCUACCUAUUGAUGAAUGCUAUAAUUUGAUGGGUUCAACAGAUCCUACAGGAACGUUGAAACCAAAUGAAGUUUGCGUGAUACUUGACAGUGGCCAAUACUCUGGAGAUGUGCUUGUGUUUAAAUAUCCUGGCCUCCAUUUUGGUGAUAUACACGCCUUAACUGCAAAACAAAUUAGUGGACUGGAGAAGAAUUUUGUUGGGUAUUCAAAAAAUGCAAUACUUUUUCCUAUUUCUGGGAAACGAUCAUUGGCUGAUGAGAUGGCCAACAGUGAUUUUGAUGGUGAUGAGUACUGGGUCUAAAGAAAUCACAUGGUCAGUUCAUUUAUGUUUUUCAUUUUAUGUAAGUUCUUUAGGAAUCUUUUAUUUUGUCUGCUGUGACUAGGAGCCUUGCUACCGCAAACCUCAUCAGUAUCAUUUGCUCACAGGCAGCCAUACGAGCCAAUUGUGGUCUCGAGGGCCUUGAUAACAAGCAAUCUAUUUUUA